GUUCCCUCAUCCAGGGAGAGCAGGGGAGCAUCUCCCGUACCUCGAUGGGCGCACGAGAGCAGUUGACGUGGUACACGCCCCUUAGGAAGAUCUGGGAGGUCAUAGGGGUGCCCAUAUGGCUCACGAUGAGACUCCUGUAUCACAUCAGGUUCAACUGGCUGGUGAAGUUCUUCGGCUUGUGCGGAUUUGCGGCUUUUCUCUCCCCCGCGUUCUUGAGGAUAGCCUGGUUCUACUACACGGACCGUAGGGUGAAGAGGAACCUGCAGUAUGGUUCGGCGCCAAGGAACAGGCUGGACCUUUACCUGCCCACGGGGUGCGCAUUUGACACUGAGAAGACGGAGGCGGCAGUGCGCGCUGCAGACGCCGAAACGGACGCGGGGAGGGAUCCCGCGUCCAGGGAGAGGCAUGAGAACGGCGGCUCGGGCGGAGGCAGGCCUGUCAUCGUCUUCGUCACCGGAGGUAUGUGGAUCAUUGGGUACAAGGCAUGGGGUGCGUUGCUCGCGCAGUCACUGAUGAAGCAGGGUUUCAUCGUGGCGUCCCUGGACUACCGCAAUUUUCCUCAGGGCACGGUCGGAGAGAUGAUUCAGGACGUCGGUUGCGGCAUCGGGUGGGUCGUCAAGAGGGCCGUGGCGCUGGGAGGCGACCCAAGAAGGAUCGUGGUGGUUGGUCAGAGCGCGGGUGCGCACCUCAGCGCAACGGCGAUCCUUCGGCAGGCCGAGUGGGAGCUGAGCGGAUAUGGUCUGGCCUCCGCGUGGUCGCCAUCCUCGCUUGCGGGCUUCGUCGGCGUAUCGGGUGUGUAUAGCCCUGAUGAUCAGAGCCUGGUGGAUCAUUUCCAUCGCAGGGGGCUACAUCGGGAGGUGUUCCACUCCAUCAUGGAGGCCGGUUACAGCGGUGCAAGGGCGGAGGAGGCGUUGCCCCGAGCUUCACCCUGCGCCAUCCUGCGCGAUCAGGCGGGCGUUCCCGGGCUCAUCUCGCGCCAACCUCCCGUGCUUCUAUGCCAUGGAAGCGCUGAUACCUCCGCGCCGCCCUCGGAGAGCGCUAAAUUUGCCGCUGCGCUCCGCGCGGCUGGCGUGGCAGAGGUGACGGAGAAAUAUUACCCUGGCAAGACGCACACGGACCCUUUUGUGACUGAUCCGAUACUUGGCGGGCACGACGCGCUGCUGGAGGACAUCGUGGCGUUCGUCCGUAAGGGAGAGGAUGCCCUGAAGCUUCCGGCGCUGCCGAGGCUGCUGCCGAAGCCGCUAGUGGACAUUGCGAGGACUAUGGUGCCGUUUUGAGACCACUUGAAUAAAAUCUCUGAGUUUCUUG